CGCCGAUGUUCCCGGUUUUCGUUUUCCUGCGUUUAAAGGAGCUCUGCUUCUCGCUCAGCGACCCAAAUCCCUCCUCCUCCUCGUCCUCCUAUAAAGGCUGGAUUUUGAUAACUCUUUCUCCGAUUUCCUUCACCCUCACGCCUUCGCGAAUCCAAAGGUUUCUUUAUACUCCAAUCUCGCGCGUCAUUUCUUGAUAUUUCGUUAAAAAAAGUGCUUCUUUUAGCCUGCUUCUCCAAUUGAUUCCUAAUGGCGGCGAUCUUGACCGAUCUCGCUUUGUGCAAAAAGCUUUCUUUUGCGAAGUUGAAGUACGAGUCUGCCGCUUAAAGGAAUAGCCUUCCGCCACAAGAUCGUGUUCGAUUCCUUUAAUCCUGGAACUUAGUGUUUCGAUCGAGAUUCGAUUCGUUAUUCUGUCUUCCCUGCCGUUCGUUUGGAAAAAGGAGUUAGGACUUGUAAUAUAAUUGAAUUGGCUCUCAGAAAUUAUUCCUUUAAAUGGCUUGAGAGCUGGCCUAUUUCUUGAUGCAUCGCAUUCUCAAAGGAUUUGUUGGUGGUAUUGGCAGAGAUGGAGAUGAGUGGCUCUCAGCCGUCGCAGUUUAUCACGAGCAAUGGGACUCGUGGUAUUUCUCGCGGUAGUGGAACUCCUCUGAUUGACGAUAUUGAGAUGGGGCAGAUCAUUGUCCCUGAGAGAAAAAGUUGGAAAAAUUUGUUUGCAUAUAUGGGCCCAGGGUUCCUUGUCUCCAUUGCGUAUAUCGAUCCUGGAAACUUUGAAACUGACUUGCAGGCAGGUGCACAGUUUACAUAUGAGUUACUCUGGAUAAUACUUUUAGCCUCCUGUUCUGCCUUGGUCAUUCAAUCGCUCGCAGCCAAACUAGGUGUUGUCACAGGAAAGCAUUUAGCUGAGCAUUGCAGAGCUGAAUAUCCAAAAAUCCCCAACUUUAUCUUGUGGGUUCUUGCUGAACUUGCAGUUGUUGCAUGUGAUAUUCCUGAAGUUAUUGGAACAGCUUUUGCUUUGAACAUGCUCUUCAAGAUCCCUGUAUGGUGUGGUGUUCUUCUUACAGGUCUUAGUACAUUGCUGCUGCUAUUACUACAGCAGUAUGGGAUUCGGAAACUUGAAUUUUUUAUAGCUUUUCUGGUGCUUACAAUGGCUGGCUGUUUUUUUGCUGAACUUGGCUAUGCAAAGCCAAAGUCUUCAGAAGUUCUCAAGGGACUUUUUGUUCCUCAACUUAAAGGAAAUGGUGCUACUGGUCUUGCUAUCUCUUUGCUUGGUGCCAUGGUGAUGCCGCACAACCUUUUCCUUCAUUCAGCACUGGUGCUCUCUAGGAAAAUACCACGCUCAAUUCAUGGAAUUAAAGAAGCAUGCAGGUUUUAUAUUAUUGAAAGUGCAUUCGCUCUUGCAGUGGCUUUUCUCAUUAAUGUAUCUGUUAUUUCUGUAAGUGGUGCUGUUUGUAGCUCGGAAGGUCUGAAUCCUGAAGAUCAGAGAAACUGCAGUGAUCUUGACCUUAAUAAAGCAUCAUUUUUGUUGAGAAAUGUCCUUGGGAACUGGAGUUCCAAGUUAUUUGCAAUUGCCUUAUUGGCAUCUGGUCAAAGUUCUACAAUUACAGGAACAUAUGCUGGACAAUAUGUCAUGCAGGGGUUUCUUGAUCUACGAAUCACACCAUGGAUAAGGAACCUGUUGACUCGAUCCUUGGCGAUUGUGCCAAGUCUAAUAGUUGCAUUAAUUGGUGGCUCCACAGCAGCUGGAAAGUUGAUUAUUAUUGCCUCGAUGAUUUUAUCAUUUGAGCUUCCUUUUGCUCUGGUUCCACUUCUCAAGUUUACCAGCAGUAAGACCAAGAUGGGUUCACAUGCCAAUUCUCUCAUGAUUGCAGCAACCACAUGGAUAAUAAGCUCGCUGAUCGUGAUCAUCAAUACCUACUAUCUCGUCACUGGCUUCAUCAAUUUACUUUUGCACAGCGGGUUGCAUACCGUAUCCAUCGUAUUUGCUGGAGUUUUUGGUUUCUCAGGCAUGCUGGUAUAUGUAGCUGCGAUUCUUUACUUGGUCUUCAGGACAAAUAGGAAAUCAACUCAACCAUUACUACAUGAUGAUUCUCAAUUUGGACAAACCUGUGAAAGUAACAAUGGCAUCUAUGAUUUACCAAGAGAGGACAUUGCAAGUAUGCAACUUCCGCAGGGGAGAUCUACAUCGGAUCUUGACUAAAAGUAAACUGUAGUUCCUUUUAGCGGCGACAGACAAAUGGUCUUCUUUGUCUGAAGCAGUCAUUUAGCUUCUGAUGCUCAUAAUCAAAAAAUAAAACGAGCGUGUAGAUAGAGUAGUAUGGGACAGAAUCCUGAAGCUUUUUGUAUGAUUGUAUGAAGUUUUCUAUUUCUCUCAGACUAAAACUGAUGGUAGGAGGUCUCAAGGUGUAAAUGGAGACACUUUGAUGUACAUAAUCAUAGACAGAGCAUGCACCUCUAUCUCCAUUUUUCUAAAGUAAAAGCUAACUCUUAUGACCC